UGAAGCAUGUUCUGUUAGCUCCUGUCCCAUCCACCGAUCUGUUUCGUUUGUCCAGGCGGCUGAGAAAGAUUUCAGCUCAACUCAGUUUGUUUCUGUGAAUAGAUAAUUAGAAGCUGAUCCUAAUGGGUCAUUCCACAGAUGGAGAUUUUGAGAAGAAGACAGACAUUGAAAGUGCACCAUCCUCAAGACGUCACGGAGAGCACUUGCCAUACAUUCACAAGGUUGGAUCGCCAUCCCCGAAUAACGUGCUGAAGGAAUUCAAGGACGCUGUGAAGGAAACGUUCUUCCCAGAUAAUCCCUUACGCCCUUUCAAAGACCAACCUAGAUCCAAGAAGUUCAUCCUAGGCCUCCAGUCUAUUUUCCCUAUUCUUGAAUGGGGAAGGAACUAUAGUUUAAGUAAAUUCAAAGGGGAUCUCAUUGCAGGACUCACCAUUGCAAGUCUCUGCAUUCCUCAGGAUAUUGGAUACGCAAAGCUUGCAAAUCUGGAUCCCCAAUAUGGUCUAUACACCAGCUUUGUUCCGCCAUUGAUCUAUGCCAUCAUGGGGAGCUCAAGAGAUAUUGCUAUUGGGCCAGUAGCCGUGGUGUCUCUCUUACUUGGGUCCAUGCUCCAGGAUGAGAUUGACCCUAAAAAUGUGGUUGAGUAUCGUCGGCUUGCAUUCACAGCUACCUUUUUCGCAGGGAUCACUGAAGCUGCGCUUGGGUUUCUCAGGCUGGGGUUCUUGAUUGAGUUCCUAUCUCAUGCUGCAAUCGUUGGAUUCAUGGGUGGAGCUGCCAUUACAAUUGCACUUCAACAACUUAAAGGUUUUCUUGGAAUACAGAAGUUUACAAAGAAGACUGACAUCGUUUCUGUCAUGCGUUCAGUAUUUGGCUCUGCACAUCACGGUUGGAACUGGCAGACUAUACUCAUAGGAGCAGCGUUCCUGGGUUUCCUUCUAGCAACCAAGUACAUCGGAAAGAGGAAUAAGAAAUUUUUCUGGGUGCCAGCAAUUGCCCCAUUGAUCUCUGUUGUCCUGUCCACUUUCUUCGUCUACAUUUUCCGUGCGGAUAAGAAAGGUGUUCAAAUUGUGAAACAUAUCAAAAAAGGUAUCAACCCGUCAUCGGUGAAUGAAAUUUAUUUCAGCGGUAAAAAUCUUGCCAAAGGCGCUAAGAUUGGUAUCGUGGCUGGGAUGAUAGCAUUGACGGAAGCUGUGGCAAUUGCGAGGACAUUUGCAUCCAUGAAGGACUAUAAAAUUGAUGGGAACAAAGAAAUGGUGGCACUAGGAGCAAUGAACAUUGUUGGCUCAAUGACUUCUUGUUAUGUAGCUACAGGCUCCUUCUCUCGGUCGGCAGUGAAUUACAUGGCCGGAUGUCACACUGCCGUUUCCAACAUAGUGAUGUCCUGCGUCGUUCUUCUAACAUUGGAAUUGAUCACUCCCCUCUUUAAGUACACCCCAAAUGCCAUUCUUUCUGCUAUCAUUAUCUCUGCUGUGAUUGGCCUAGUUGACAUUGAGGCUGUACUCCUCAUAUGGAAGAUCGAUAAAUUGGAUUUCCUCGCUUGCAUGGGUGCCUUCUUUGGUGUUGUUUUCGUCUCGGUUGAAAUUGGCCUCCUAAUCGCAGUCUGCAUAUCUUUUGCUAAGAUACUCCUGCAAGUGACAAGGCCACGGAUUGCUUUACUUGGAAAGCUCCCCAGGACAACCAUCUUCAGGAACAUCCAACAGUAUGCAGAAGCAACCAGGGUUCCAGGCAUACUGAUCGUCAGAGUAGAUUCUGCAAUCUAUUUUUCCAACUCCAACUAUGUUAGAGAGAGGAUUAUGAGAUGGUUGACUGAUGAAGAAGAGGAAUUGAAAGCAAGAGGUUUGCCAAGAAUCCAGUUCCUGAUCGUUGAGCUCUCACCCGUUAUUGACAUUGACACCAGUGGUAUUCAUGCGUUGGAAGAUUUACACAAGAGCCUCCAGAAGAACGAUAUUCAGCUUGUGCUAGCAAAUCCUGGGCAAUCGGUGAUCGACAAGCUUCACGCAUCCCACUUCGCAAAUUUGAUUGGCCAGCAAAACAUCUUUCUCACUGUUGGCGACGCCGUGUUGACAUGCAGUCCCAAGGUUGAUGAAUCUGUUGUGAACUAAACGAGCUAAUUAAGCCAAUAUUCAUAUCCAUCUGAAAGAUUCUGACCACCUGGCUUGAAGACAGAAAAAGAGAUUCUGACCAAGUAAUUGGAACUUUGGAAGAUUGCUGGCUUCUUCUGACCUGGUCCAAUAAGGGAGACUUGAAGAAGUGGUGUGGUGUGCUGUGGUAGCAGUUUGUUUGUUUGCUUGUUUGUGGUGUGCCAAUAAAAAGUUCAGGAGAAAAAAAAAUGAAUAUAUGGCGGCAUAGCGCAGUCGAGGAGAAUUGAGGAGCAAAGUGUUUGUAUAUAUAUGUAUAUUAUAUAU